AUGCGCGAGUGGUUUGCAUAUAGGUUGCAAGAAAGAAAAGGAGAAUCACCUAUUGUUCUUCAAUCUAGGAGACUGUUCCAGCAAUUUCUGGUGGACUCUUAUACCAUGGUUGAAGCUGAUAGAAUGCGAUAUUAUAGGACAAUACAACCGAAACUGCGAGUGGAACGUUACAAGGGAUUGCACGAGUGCUUGGUCCGUGGAGAAACAAAUGCAGCUGCAACAGGUCAGCGAAUCAUAUUGCCUGGAUCAUUUACUGGAGGGCCGAGAUACAUGUUCAACAAUUGCAAGGACUCAUUUGCCAUUUGUAGAUAUAUCGGAUAUCCUAGCUUAUUUAUCACUAUGACAUGCAAUCCAGAAUGGCCUGAAGUCAAACGUUUUGUUGAAACACGAGGUUUCAAGCCUGAGGAUAGACCCGACAUACUUUGUAGAGUUUUCAAAAUGAAGUUGGACGAACUAAUUGAUGACUUGAAGAGCGGAAAAGUGUUCGGAAAGAUUAGUGGAUGUAAGCCUACUGAUUCAAUCACCAUCGAAUUUCAAAAGCGAGGUCUUCCCCACGCACACAUUUUGGUCUUUGUCCAUGCCAAAUUCAAGCCCAAGACCCCCGAAGACAUCGACCAAGUUAUAUCCGCAGAAAUUCCAGACCGUACCAACAAUCCUGAAUUAUUUGAGGCUGUGCAGAAGUAUAUGAUUCACGGACCAUGCGGUGUACUAAGUUUGAAGUCACCAUGUAUGAACAAUGGAAAAUGCUCCAAGUUCUUUCCUAAAGAGUUUAGGACGAGGACCAUUAUUGAUGAUGAAGGUUUUCCUAAAUAUAGAAGAAGAGAGGAUGGCAGGACUGUCAAAAAGGGCAAAACUGUGCUGGAUAAUAGAUAUGUUGUGCCAUACAACCCAUUGCUACUCCAAAAAUAUAGAGCUCACAUUAACGUUGAGUACACGUGCCAGACAAGUGCAAUAAAAUAUCUUUUCAAGUAUGUCCAUAAAGGCAACGACAAAGUGACGGCUGAAUUUUACCGAACUUCGGAUUCAAGUAAUCCAUCCCAAGUGAUUGAUGAAAUAAAAAAUUACUAUGACUGCAGAUACAUCUCUGCAUGUGAGGCAGCAUGGCGAUUGUUUGGAUUUGAAGUGCACUAUAGAGAGCCUCCAGUUGUGAGGUUGUCAUUCCAUCUUCCGGGUGAGCAAAGCGUAGUGUACAAUGAUGGUGAGACAGUACAGGAUGCAAUUGAAAAGGCCGACAUUAAGAAAAACAAGUUUAUAGGUUGGAUGGAGGCUAACCAACUUUAUGCGGCUGGACGAGACAUUACUUAUUCAGAAUAUCCCACCAAAUUUGUUUGGAAAGACGACACAAGAGAAUGGCGCCCUAGAAAACAGGGUUUCUCAAUUGGUAGAAUUUCACAUGUGCCUCCAUCAUGCGGCGAGGACUAUUACUUAAGGAUCCUUCUGAACGUUCAAAAAGGUUGCACGAGUUUUAAAGACAUUCUCACUGUGAAAGAAGUGACCUACAGUACUUUUAAGGAUGCGUGUUGUGCUCUUGAUUUGCUAGAAGAUGACAAAGAAUUUGUAGACGCAAUAAAAGAUGCCAGCUUCUGGGGGUCAGGAGAGUAUCUUAGAAGACUGUUUGUGGUGUUGUUGAUGUCUAACAACAUGUCAAAUCUCGAGGUAGUUUGGGAUAAGUGCUGGCAAGAGCUUUCAGAUGAUAUUCUCUACAGACAAAGAAGACGCUUAGAUUACCCAGACAUUGUUGUCGAAGACGUUGGACAAAGACUGAUUGUAGAGGAGUUGAAUUACGACAGGAAUGAAAUGAAUGAAUACUUGGACCAAUGUCUCUCCUCAAUAACUGACGAACAAAGGCAUGCGUAUGACAAAAUAAUUAACGCCGUCUAUGGAAACAAAGGUGGAUUUUUCUUCCUGUAUGGCUACGGUGGGACGGGUAAAACCUUUGUCUGGAAAACGCUUUCAGCAUCCAUUCGAUCAAGAGGUGAUAUUGUUCUCAAUGUGGCUUCAAGUGGUAUUGCUGCACUGUUGUUGCCUGGAGGAAGGACGACGCACUCCAGGUCCAAGAUUCCCAUACCUAUAACUGAGGAUUCAACAUGCAACAUAAAGCAUAACAACCCUCAUGCUAAAUUGCUGAUAAAGGCGAAACUGAUCAUUUGGGACGAAGCUCCUAUCAUGAGUAAAUGGUGUUACGAGGCUUUGGAUAAGUGCUUGAGAGACAUUUUGAGGUUCACCCCAGGAUAUGACUCCAGCUUGCCGUUCGGAGGAAAAGUUGUGGUUCUGGGCGGUGAUUUCAGGCAAAUCUUACCUGUAAUUCCAAGGGCAUCCAGGCAAGAUGUCAUCAGUGCAACAAUAAAUUCAUCCUAUCUAUGA